AUGGCUUUCAACCCGGGCUUCUUCACUCCGGCGCUACUACGUGCAGUCCUUUGCAACCGGCCUGUUACUUCGUCAUUGAGCGUUCGCAGAUGGAACACUUUGCUGCAUGGUCCGAAGACACCUCACGAGUACCGCCCAGGUGACCAUUAUGCGCCCCUUCCCAGUGUAGUAGGUCCAAUGCUGCCAUCUCCGAACCUUGCUUCUUCGAUAUAUGCGCCGCAAGCCGGUGCCGAUACUUCACUUCCCUUCAGGGCAGUUCUGAGACCCUUCGAAUGA